AUGGUUCUUUCAAGAUUUGAUCCAAGAUUCAGAUUAAUCGAGAACGUUGGAUUUUUGUUGAUUCUUCUAUGCUUGCCGUUGAUUUGUCUUGGGAUUCGUUCAUUUCGGAAUUCUGAGGUGUCUGAAUCGGAAUUUAAUAGCUUGUUUGGGUUUUCAGAGGCACCGGACUACCGGAACGGCGUCGAAUGUUCGUCGACGGCUGAGGGACAGGCUGUGAUGUCAUGUGACCCGUCGCUGAUUCACGUAGCGAUGACUCUUGACUCGGAGUAUCUACGCGGGUCGGUGGCGGCGGUGCACUCCGUUCUCCUCCAUGCGUCGUGUCCGGAGCAGGUAUUCUUUCAUUUCAUCGCCACCGAGUUCGAUCCAUCCAGCCCGCGCGUCCUGACCGGACUCAUUCGAUCCAUUUUCCCUUCACUCAACUUUAAAGUCUACAUAUUUCGUGAACACACAGUCAUCAAUCUAAUUUCCUCCUCCAUCCGGAUUGCCCUGGAGAAUCCGUUAAACUACGCCCGGAACUAUCUGGGGGACAUUCUUGACCCGUGUGUCAACCGGGUCAUCUACUUGGAUUCAGACCUUGUCCUAGUCGACGACAUUCAAAAGCUCUGGAACACCCCCAUCUCCGGAUCCAAAGUAAUCGGAGCCCCGGAAUACUGCCACGCCAAUUUCACGAAAUACUUCACGGACACAUUCUGGUCGGACCCGGUGCUCAGCCGGGUAUUCGGGUCAAGAAACCCGUGUUAUUUCAACACUGGUGUAAUGGUAAUGGAUUUAGAAAAAUGGCGAAAAGGGAAUUACAGGAAGAAAAUUGAGAAUUGGAUGGAACUGCAGAAAAAGAAACGUAUAUAUGAACUGGGCUCAUUGCCUCCAUUUUUGCUUGUGUUUGGUGGAAAUGUGGAGCCCAUUGAUCACAGAUGGAACCAGCAUGGAUUAGGAGGGGACAAUGUGAAGGGAUCCUGUAGAGCCCUGCACCCUGGACCGGUGAGCCUGCUCCACUGGAGUGGUAAAGGGAAGCCAUGGGCGAGGCUUGAUGAGAAUAAACCCUGUCCAUUGGAUCAUCUUUGGAAGCCGUAUGAUUUGUACAAGCCUUAUCAGCAGGGGAAAUUGAAGGUACAAACACAGAAGAAGCAGUCAUUGGGUUUGAGUUUGUCUAGUGGUGGAAGAAGUACAAAAUUAAUUGAAUUGUCCGGUUAUUUCAUUUGA